UUAAAAAUAACAAUAUUAAAAUGUAGAAGAAAAAAGAAUAAGAUUAAAAAAUAGACUUUGAUAAGAUUUUAGUUUUGGUGAUUUAGAUUUAUAUAUCUUCAAAUUAAAAAAAAUGAGAUAAAGUGGUUAACUCCAGGAUGUUCUAAUAUUUUACUAGAAUAACCAAUAGGGUGAGAAAAGUAGUGACUUUGUGUGGUAUGAUCCUUAGUAAUGACCAGUUCUCUCACUUUGUUGUGGCUGGGUUAUCAUUGGAGCAUAUUAAGCUUCAUUAUUGUUUAGUUAAUAAAGGACAAUUGAAAUGAAAACUAAAAGGAAGAUCUUCACUCAUAAAGAUAACUAUUACAUUCGAAGAUGAUUCAAAUAUAAUUAGAAAGUACCCUUAGGUUGCUAAAGGAAUUAAAAUUGACCCAAAUCUAACGCUUAAUAUACUCACCACCCUCUCCUACCUUCCUUGCAUCGACACAAUACUCAUUAUCAACCUAAUAAAGUGCCAAAUUCCCUCUUCAACAAUCGAAAAAAUUGAGAAAAAUCCUCUUUUCCGUGGAACUAUAUUCUUCAUAACCGAAUAAGUACUCUUGAAAUUUCC